GCUGGGGGCGGGGCGCGGCUGCAGCUCCGUUUCCGGUGGCUUGUCGCGCUCGCUCACUCCAGCUGCAGCCACUCUCGCCCGUGCCUGCUUCCUCCAUCCUGGUAUUUUUUGGAGCCUCCAUCCUGGUUCUUCCAAAGUGCCCGGACCCAAAACAGGAAUUGAUAGGCUCACCCCAAAAUAUGCUUUUUGGGACUGAUUUAGCACCUGCAUAUUCUGCGUGAAUCUCUUUAAUUGGUUGCAGUUGAGCUAAUGGUGGAGCCAAAAUGCUAUUGCCCUGUCUUCAUCAACAUUUAAUCAAGUGUUGCAGAGAUAGGAACAUGGGAGAGAAACAAUCUGGAUAACAUGAAAGUGAUGCUGGUGGCUAAGGGAAGGCAACUUGAUUCUGUGGGAAGGGCUGUAGCUGAUCCAUCCGUUGUCUAGAUUUGAGUAUGAGCACAGUGGAAGAGGAUUCUGACACAGUAACAGUAGAAACUGUGAAUUCUGUGACUUUGACUCAGGACACAGAAGGGAAUCUCAUUCUUCACUGCCCUCAGAAUGAAGCGGAUGAAAUAGACUCAGAAGAUAGUAUUGAACCUCCACAUAAAAGGCUUUGUUUGUCCUCUGAGGAUGAUCAGAGUAUUGAUGAUUCUACUCCUUGCAUAUCAGUUGUUGCACUUCCACUUUCAGAAAAUGAUCAGAGCUUUGAGGUGACCAUGACUGCGACCACAGAGGUAGCAGAUGAUGAGGUUACUGAGGGGACUGUGACACAGAUCCAGAUUUUGCAGAAUGAGCAACUAGAUGAAAUAUCUCCCUUGGGUAAUGAGGAAGUUUCAGCAGUUAGCCAAGCAUGGUUUACAACUAAAGAAGAUAAGGAUUCUCUGACUAAUAAAGGACAUAAAUGGAAACAGGGGAUGUGGUCCAAGGAAGAAAUUGAUAUUUUGAUGAACAAUAUUGAACGCUAUCUGAAGGCACGCGGAAUAAAAGAUGCUACAGAAAUCAUCUUUGAGAUGUCAAAAGACGAAAGAAAAGAUUUCUACAGGACUAUAGCAUGGGGUCUGAACCGGCCUUUGUUUGCAGUUUAUAGAAGAGUGCUUCGCAUGUAUGAUGACAGAAACCAUGUGGGAAAAUAUACACCUGAAGAAAUUGAGAAGCUCAAGGAGCUCCGGAUAAAGCAUGGCAAUGACUGGGCAACAAUAGGGGCGGCGCUAGGAAGAAGUGCAUCUUCUGUCAAAGAUCGGUGCCGACUGAUGAAGGAUACUUGCAACACAGGGAAGUGGACAGAAGAAGAAGAAAAGAGACUCGCAGAAGUGGUUCAUGAGUUGACAAGCACUGAGCCAGGUGACAUUGUCACACAGGGUGUAUCUUGGGCAGCUGUGGCUGAACGAGUAGGUACCCGCUCAGAAAAGCAAUGUCGUUCUAAAUGGCUCAACUACCUGAAUUGGAAACAGAGUGGAGGUACUGAAUGGACCAAGGAAGAUGAAAUCAAUCUCAUCCUCAGGAUAGCAGAACUUGAUGUAGCUGAUGAAAAUGACAUUAACUGGGAUCUGUUAGCUGAGGGAUGGAGUAGUGUCCGUUCACCACAAUGGCUACGGAGUAAAUGGUGGACCAUCAAAAGGCAAAUUGCAAACCAUAAGGAUGUUUCGUUCCCCGUCUUAAUAAAAGGUCUUAAACAGUUACAUGAGAACCAAAAAAACAACCCAACGCUUUUGGAGAAUAAAUCAGGAUCUGGAGUUCCAAACAAUAAUACCAAUUCCAGUGUACAGCAUGUUCAGAUAAGAGUUGCCCGCUUGGAAGAUAAUACAGCCAUCUCUUCUAGCCCCAUGGCAGCAUUGCAGAUUCCAGUCCAGAUCACCCAUGUUUCUUCAACAGACUCUCCUGCUGCUACCGUUGACUCAGAAACAAUAACACUAAACAGUGGAACACUACAGACAUUUGAGAUUCUUCCAUCUUUCCAUCUACAGCCCACUGGCACUCCAGGCACCUACCUGCUUCAAACAAGCUCAAGCCAAGGCCUUCCCCUAACUCUGACUGCUAGUCCCACAGUAACCCUGACAGCUGCUGCUCCUGCUUCUCCUGAACAGAUCAUUGUUCAUGCUUUAUCCCCAGAACAUUUGUUGAACACAAGUGAUAAUGUUACAGUGCAGUGUCACACACCAAGAGUCAUCAUUCAGACUGUUGCCACAGAGGACAUCACUUCUUCCAUAUCCCAAGCAGAACUGACAGUAGAUAGUGAUAUUCAGUCAUCUGAUUUUCCUGAGCCUCCAGAUGCCCUAGAAGCAGACACUUUCCCAGAUGAAAUUCAUCACCCUAAGAUGACUGUGGAGCCGUCAUUUAAUGAUGCUCAUGUAUCCAAAUUCAGUGACCAAAAUAGCACAGAACUGAUGAACAGUGUUAUGGUCAGAACAGAAGAAGAAAUUUCUGACACCGACCUUAAACAAGAGGAAUCAUCCUCUGAUUUAGCCAGCGCUUAUGUUACCGAGGGUUUAGAGUCUCCCACUAUAGAAGAACAAGUUGAUCAAACAAUUGAUGAUGAAACAAUACUUAUCGUUCCUUCACCACAUGGCUUUAUCCAGACAUCUGAUGUUAUAGAUACUGAAUCUGUCUUGCCUUUGACAACACUAACAGAUCCCAUACUCCAACAUCAUCAGGAAGAAUCAAAUAUCAUUGGAUCAUCCUUGGGCAGUCCUGUUUCAGAAGAUUCAAAGGAUGUCGAAGAUUUGGUAAACUGUCAUUAGGGUAAUUCUUAGAAAUAGGCAGUUCAAGCAAAGAAGCCACACUGUCUUCAAAGAAAUAGGAGCAACCCCCAAGAGGCUUAAUUUACCAAUUUAAAUAGCCACAGUGCUUAAGCCACACAUUGUUGCUGCUAUGACUUCUUACCUCCUUUAAAUACAUCAUCUGAGGUUGAGUUUUAUGACAUUGUGUAGUUGAGUGGAGGCUGGGAGUUUUAAGCAAAAAUCCCUAUGUUUAAUGUUACAUGGCAAUAAGGAAUUUCAUUCACUUCAGCCACUAAGAAAAGUUUAGAAUCACGAAAGCUUAACUGCUGUGGUUUAAAAUACAGUUUCUCUAAAGAUCAGACAUGGCACUGUCUCCUUUCAAGUAAGCCUGGUUGUAGUUUGGAUAAGUCAUUUCAACAUGGUCUAGAGCUUACCGGUGAUCUUCUGAUCUUCAAGAAGAUUAAGUUUGAGACUUGACCAGCAUACAAAUACAGAGACCUAGGAGGUGGUCUUCUGGUGGUUACGUUUUGAUUAACCCAUUGCUGGCAGUGGGAGCUGAUUUAGGCAGGGUAAACAGGAAAGCAUUAAAAGAGUUAAAAUUCACUACAGGUUUUUUGUUACUUUUAAAGGGAAUAUGGAUAAGCAUAGUAACAAAACCCACCAAAAUCUAAGCAGUUUUCACCCCCUCAGAAACCACUGUCAUUAGUUUACAAAGUUAGCACUUUGAAGUAAAACUAAAUGAGGAAGGAAGUAAUGUUACCUAUCCUUGAUACCAUGACCAUUUAUUACAUGUUUUGCAACAUAAAUUACCCAGAAAAUCGUUUGUCAUCCACUUAGUGUGUUAGGUGGUGGGGUACAAUAUAACCUCUCAUCUCAGGCAAUUUUUAAAAAAACAGUAUUUGCUUCUAUAAUGAAACAAAUCUAAGAGUCAUUCCUAUACUACAGAAGGGUUAAGGCAAAGGUAGCCUUUUGGGCUUUUUAAUGAAUAUGACCCCUAUAGAAAAGUCAAGGGAAAAAAAAAAAAAAAAAACCUAUGUAUAAAUUAUUUUAUUUAUUAUUGUAAUUAGAUCUUCACAAAGUUGUCUUUUCACUGUCUGUUUUGUUAACGUGAAAUUAAAUUGUAGUUAUAAGCAAAAGUCGGUUGCCUAGGGAACAACUGUAUAUUCAGUUUAACAGAAAUAAAAGAAUAUUUGUCUUAAAAUGCAA